AUGAGGUCCACCGCAAAUCCCACCUUCUACGUCGCUACAGAGGCCUAUCAAACUCUAGACCCCCUGACCCUCUCCAAAGUCCCUCCACCGUCCCGCGACAGUACCGGUGGCGGCAGGCGAUACAGGACUGACUCCUGUGACCCCAAGGUCACCUUUAAUCUGGAGGUCCUUCCAAUGGGGAAUAAAGAGGGUGAGGGUGAGGAGGACGGUGAACAGCCCGCAGUGGCUGAGAGCUCUGUCAGCAUGGGACGCAUGACUAAGCCAACCGACUUACUGGACCAGGGCGUGAUGGAGAGGGGCGCCGCAGGUAGCGGCGAGGUAACCCAUCGAGAUCUGGGAUUCAUGUACGCCAAAGCAAGCGCCCACCACUCCAGCUUCGUUUAG